CGCUCCUGUCUCCAUCUCUCCUGCCCUCCCUCUGUCUCUCUCUCUCUCUCUGGUCCUGUGCUUCUGUCUGCAGUAGAGAUUAAGGUCAUUAAGGAUCUGCCGUGGCCUCCUCCGUACGGGCAGCUCAACUCCAGUCCUCCGCUGAUGGAGGCUCCGUCCUCUCCGGGAGACCAGCUCCAGCACGGACGGCGUGGAGAAGGAUCUGAAGUGUCGUCCGCUGCAGCGGCACUCGAGCGGGAAGAUGAGCUCCAGCGAGCCGAGCGUGGGCGACGCAUCGACCCGGCCGUGCCUCUGGAGAGCCAGUUCUGGUAUCACGGAGCCAUCAGCCGCACGGACGCCGAGGCUCUGCUGCGCUUGUGUAAAGAGGCCAGUUACCUGGUGAGGAACAGCGAGACCUGUAAGAACGACUUCUCGCUCUCGCUCAAGAGCAGUCAAGGUUUCAUGCACAUGAAGCUCUCCAGGACCAAAGACAAUAAGUACGUCCUGGGUCAGAACAGCUGCCUGUUCGACAGCGUCCCCGAGAUCAUCCACUUCUACUCCAGCCGCAAACUACCAAUCAAAGGCGAGCACAUGUCCUUGCUGUACCCCGUGGCCAUCCGGACACUAUAGAGGCAGAAACGCUGCAGA